UACUAGAGCUCUAAAUGUUAACCAAACGUGUGGUUGUUGUGUUUGAACACACAUUGAUUGCAUUACUAUUUAAUUAGUCGAUUAAGUGAACGGUUAGUGUGUUUUUUAUAGGCAUUUGUUUGACUGCAUUGUUGUUAGUGAUCAUCACUUUAGUGACAAUUAGUGUCCAAUUUGUAUGACUUAUCGGUAAAACUAUUUAAAUGUUUGAAUAGUGUGUUGAAUGCCGUAAACACAUCUAUUAGUGGUUUAUAUAUCGCUUUUUACCCGACAUUUGAAUUGAAUGUAAACAUUGCUCUCUAUAUUAACCAUUAAUUGAAAACAUUUUUCAACUUAAAUGAUAAUAUAAUUAUUGAUUACAAUUUGAUUACAGAUAUUAUAAAUACAUUCAUAUGUUUGUGUCGACAGUGUUUGAAAUCAAGUGAUUUAAACAAUAUAUUGUCGUUUAAUGAUUAUAUAACAAACAAAACUAUUAUUGUUUACAAUUAAUAACUAAAAAUACCUGAUCUGUGAAUGAAGUGAAAAAUGCCGACAAAGCAGAGGAAGAUUGCUUUGAUGGGCUAUCGGUCCGUCGGCAAGUCUUCAUUGACCAUUCAGUUCGUUGACGGACAGUUUGUCGAGUCUUAUGAUCCAACCAUUGAAAACACUUUUGUGAAAAAUGUCAAAUUAAGAGGUCAGGAUUAUGGCCUUCGUUUGGUGGACACCGCCGGUCAGGACGAGUACUCCAUCUUUCCUCAGGCAUACGCCAUCGACAUUCAUGGCUAUUGUCUUGUCUAUAGCAUUAAUAACAUGAAGUCAUUUGAUGUGGUGAGAGUCAUAUAUGAGAAACUGUUAGAUAUGACCGGAAAAGUCCAUGUACCCAUAAUAUUGGUGGGAAAUAAGUUAGAUCUGCAACACGAGAGAGUGGUGUCCGUUGAAAUGGGCAAAGAGUUGGCCAACAAAAUGAAAGCCGACUUUGUAGAAGUCAGCGCCAAAGAUAACGGAGCCGUAAUUGACUUAUUCAAUAAACUAAUCAUUUCGAUAGAAAAGGGAGGCCACGACACAACCGACGGCUCAAAUGAUAAAUCUGGAAAUAAGUGUUUAAUACAAUAAAAUGUUAAAUAAUAAUAAUAAUUGUGAUUAUUGUAUAAAAGAUUAUAUAUUAUUUUAGACAAUUAUCGCGGAAGUAAAUCCCAUAAAAACUGUAAAUUAUAUUUGGAAACAAAACUUUUUUUCUAAAACUUAUUAUAAACUCUUUAUAAUAAAUAAAAUGAUUUAUUAAUAAAUUUUAAC